UCUUUUAUAUAUAUUAGCGGCAUUUUUUGUCUAUGGUUGUUGUCUUCACCUUCCAAUUGAACUCAACUCUCAAAUAUUUUAAAAUUGCUAUAGUGGUUAAGCAACUGCAGUUGGGUUAAGCGGGAGAUAUAACCAGACAUAGUUUGACUUCAUGUAACACGUGGUAUGUUUCUUUAUCUUCUAUUUUAAAUUUUAAAAAUUAGAAUUUUUAUUUUUCUCUAUCUUUUCAAAAUAUGUAGCUCUCCAAACUCAUAUAUAAGAUACUUCAUCUGAACUUGUAAAUUCACAAACCAAAAUAACAAACCCCUUGUGAUAUAAACUUUAAAUCCAUCAUGUCAUCCUCAUCAUCAAUAACAUUGAAAGGUUGUUCCACUGUGACACCAAUGGAACCAACAUGGAAUGGUUGUUUACCAUUAACGGAAUUUGAUCAACUUGGAAUCACAAUGUACACUCCCCUUCUUCUCUAUUACCGCCCACCACAAAAUUGGCUUAACCCCCCUACUAAAAUUGCCACCACUUUGAAAGACUCUUUAAGUAGAGUUCUUGUACAUUUUUAUCCAUUUGCUGGUCGUUUAAGGUCGAAAGACAAUACUCGUUUUGAACUAGAAUGCAACGCAAAGGGUGUUCAGUUCAUUGAAGCAGAAUCGGCCUCUUCAACAUUACCUGAUCUUGGUGACUUUUCUUCUUCAGACAAUUAUUGUAGUUACCUUUUCCCACACAUUGACUACACGGUCCCAAUUCAAGAUCGUCCUUUGUUAUUUGUCCAACUCACGAAUUUCAAAUGCGGUGACAUUAGCAUUAGUUUGUUAUUGUCACAUGUGAUUGUUGAUGGACAAAGUGCGGUACAUUUCAUUGAUGAGUGGGCUCGGGUAGCACGUGAAGAAUCUUUAAAAAGGGUUCCAUUUCUUGAUAGAAACAUCUUAUAUAAUAAGGAACCAUACAAUGGUGUAAAGGAGUGGAAGUUUGCUAAACCUCCGCUUUUGUUGGAAAAUUCAGAUGGUAAAGAAGAAGAAAGAAAGAAUAAAACAACGGUUGCUAUAAUCCAAGUAAGUAAAGCACAAAUUGAAAGGUUGAGAAAAAUAUCGAAUGAGAGUUGGAAUAAAUCUAGUAAUGAACGAAGUUAUACAGUCUAUGAAACGGUAACUGGUCAUGUUUGGAGGAGUGCAUGUAAAGCUAGAGGGCUUAAAUUUGACCAACCAACCGUAUUCGGUGUCGUUGUUGAUUUCAGAAGUCGUGUGAAACCUAAUUUACCAAAAAAGUAUUUCGGAAAUGCAAUUGUGAAUGUGGUGGCUACUAGUCUUGCAGGUGAUUUGAUGUCCAAGCCAUUAGGAUAUGCUUCGAGUAGGAUAAAGGAAGCAAUUGAGAAGGUGAAUGAUGAGUAUGUGAGAUUGACGUUGAGUGAUUAUCUUAAGAGAGACUAUGAUCGGACUAUGAUGAGUGGGUACACCGUGCCAUUUUAUCGGAAUCCUAAUUUAGGAGCAGUUAGUUGGAUGAUGUUGUCAUUUACCAAAUUUGAUUUUGGAUGGGGGAAGGAGGUUUAUAUGAUACCGGGAAUACAUACUAUACUUGAAGGAGAAAUAUAUAUUAUUCCUAAUUCUCAAGUUGAUGGAUCUUUGGUGCUUUUUAUUUGUUUGCAAGAGAUCUAUAUGAAUGCCUUCAAAAGACAUUUUAAUGAAGGUGUUGUUGAGCUGGACUCAUUCUCAAAGUUGUAAAACAAAUGUGUUUCUUUGCUUUCCCCAGUUAUUGUGUGCCCCCUGUUAUUGCGUGUGUUUAGAAUGCAACUAGUAGUUUUGUAAUAUUAGAGCCAUCAUAAAUGUUCAAUUUUACUUGUAUUUCAUGACAAAUAACUCUUUUAAUAAGUUCAUUAAUGGUAUUUUGUAGGUAAACAUUUGUUA